GGAAAAACAAAUUUUUAUGCGAUCAUAAAUUUAGAGUGAAACAAAGCUUUUUUUGCUGGAUUUAAACAAUUAAAGGAACCAAUAACAAUUUAAAUAAAUGUGUGAUAAUAUAUGCGGGAAAAAAAGGAUGGUAGAACGUCUGUGAGAAAUAAUAAUCGAACAGUUAAAUACAUAAUUACAAUUUCUUCUAGUACAUAUUUAAUUGGCCUAUGACCUAUGGCCUAUGCUGACCUGAAGAAAGGUGAGUCUAUUCUAGCCGGUUAUCAACAGGUGAAUGGAAUGAAUGGAAAAAAGAAUAAAUGAAAAAAAAAAUAAGAGAUGGUUUUCAGAGUCCUUUUAAGAAGAUAAGAAUAGGAUCCAGAUAAAGGCAUAUGACGCAUUUAAAUAAAUAUGGCACAAAUACAAACAUCGACUGUGGACGGAUUGCCGAAGCAUUUCGUCAACGCGAUGCGCACGUUGUUCGACAUAAUGGAUGAUCAAAACACCGGUUUCGUAAAAUUUGCUGAUAUUGAGGGUCGAUGGCAGGACGACGGCACGCAGGGCUUGCCCAAAGAUAUCCUUGAUAGCUUGAAGAAAGUCACACCUCCGAGCGGUAUGUUAUCGUUCGAAAGAUUCUGCGCAGGUUUGAAGAUCUGUCUGCUGCAAAUACAGACAGAGUCCGAUUCUAAGAAACAUAACGGUCAGCCUAACCGGCCCCCAUCCGCACCAAUCCUCAUUCCUGACAGUCAGAAUAAAGCGGCUUGGACCUCUCCCAACACGGCUACAAUAAGACCCAAUAAUGCUAUAUCUCAGCAACGCACUCUCAGCAUGCCGCAAUUACUGGCUAAUCGCAAAGAUAUGAAUGCACAAUUAGAAAUAAUGGAUGGAAGAAACAUUGGGGAAUCGAAGAUCAAUAAAACUUAUGGCCCACCAAAGCCACCAAGGACAGGUGCUGCAUUAGAAGGUAGAAUGAUGGGUUCAGACCGUAACUUUGACAAGUCUGAGAUUAGGACUGCUCUACAGAAUUGGCAAAUGGGUCUCAUGAUGAACGACGAGAAGGAAAAACGUCAGUUGCAGACUGUUAAUUAUAGACCGGAUGCUAGGACAUUAUUGAGACCAGCCAGAGUUCUGGGUGAUGGUAAAGCGAUUGAUAUACAGACUAAUCAACUUGGUCUUCAAUCUAAGAAACCAUCGGGUCGUCGCAGAGAGCCCAGGCGACACACGUUGCAGAAUGGUAUUGAUUACAAUAUGAUGAAAAGAAUGAAACAGAUUGAACAAGAAAAAGAUGUAUUACUUCAAGGUCUAACUGCUGUUGACAAAGCUAGAGAAUGGUACUUGAAACAAAUUUCUGCUACGCAAGAGAAGAUCAAACAUCUUGGACGAAUGGGCUCUCAUGUGGAACAAUGGACAGAGGCACAGCAGGAGCGUUUAGAAUUGCAACGUGCACGAGUGCUAGAAGUAAAUCGGCAUUUAGCGGCCUUAAUAAGUACCUGGGAACGUGGAGGGCUUCCUCUACAUAUGAAUCUCGCUUUCUUGAGUACUCCGUCUUCAGUCCAACUUCAACAGGAUAUGUUAUCACGGCUUAAACAACAAAAUCAUAGAUUAACCGAGGAAGUUAGCAAAAAAAGCCAACGAAUAGCAUUACUUGAGCAAGAAAAAGAUAGUCUUGUUAGAGAAUUGUAUAAUAGACAGUCUGGACUGAUUCAAUCUCGAAGAGCAACAAUGAUUCAUGAACAACAUGAUCAAACGUUCAUAAUAUAAGUAUUUCAGGCUUUGGAAAAUGCACCACACAAGUAACAGGAUCUGAAUUAAGCUUUAAAUAGAAUAAAAGUAAAAAGACUUACAAAUUUAAUGCGGUCCACUCAAUGUUCCAGAUGUUUUUAUUUUUUAGGUA